GGUCUCCACAAAGAUUCUGCCCAUCUACCUGAAGGACUCCAUCACCACGUGGGAGGUCCUGGCCGUCAGCCUCUCGGAGAACAAGGGGCUGUGUGUGGCCGACCCCUACGAGAUCACGGUGAUGAAGAACUUCUUCAUCGACCUGCGCCUGCCCUACUCGGUGGUGAGGAACGAGCAGGUGGAGAUCCGGGCCGUCCUCUACAACUACUGGGAGUACCCCAUCACGGUGCGCGUGGAGCUGAUGUACAACCCGGCCCUCUGCAGCGCCUCCACCUCCAAGUCGCGCUACCAGCAGAUCAUCAAGAUGAAGGCCCAGUCGUCCUGGGCGGUGCCCUUCGUCCUCGUGCCCUUGCACCUGGGGCUGCACGACGUGGAGGUGAAGGCGGCCGUGCGGGGCAAGGACGGCGACGGCGUCAAGAAGAGGCUCAAAGUUGUGGAUGCGGCUGGGAGGCUGGAGAAGACGGUGAAGAUCAUUGAGCUGGACCCGCAGAACAAGGGAAAAAACGGGGUGCAGGAAGAGCAGGUGAAGGCGCUGAACCUCUCGGACAUCGUCCCCAACACCGAGUCCGAGACCAGAGUCAGCAUCCAAGGCAACCCCAUGUCCAUCCUGGUGGAGAAAGCCAUCGAGGGCAGCAAGCUGAAGCACCUCAUCGUGACCCCCUCGGGGUGCGGGGAGCAGAACAUGAUCGGGAUGACCCCCACGGUCAUCGCCACCCACUACCUGGACAGCACGGCCCAGUGGGAAAACCUCGGCAUCGACCGGCGCGCAGAGGCCAUCAACCUGAUCAAAAAGGGUUACACCCAGCAGCUCGCUUUCCGGAAGAAGGACAACUCCUACGCCGCCUUCCUCGGCCGACCGUCGAGCACCUGGCUGACGGCCUACGUGGCCAAAGUCUUCGCCAUGGCCAUCAAGCUGGUGGACAUCGAGCCCGAGGUGGUGUGUGGCGCUGUGAAAUGGCUCAUCCAAAAGAUGUUCCAGAAAGCGGCGCCCGUCAUCCACAGGGAGAUGGUGGGUGGCUACGAGGGGGCUGAGCCCGACGUGUCCCUCACAGCCUUCGUCCUCGUGGCGCUGCAGGAGGCCAAGGACAUCUGCAAGGACUUUGUCAAC